GGCGCGGGCCGCUCGGGGUCCCCGGAUGGAGGAGCUGAGGUUACAAGUCUCCUGUGGUCGCUGGGGCUAGAGCUUGACUCUGGAGAGAGGAAAGGAAGACUGGAAGCCCGGUGAAGAGGCAGAGAAGCCUGAGGGAGCUCAGUCCAGGCAGCAACAUCCCUGAAUUCCCGGUGGUGAGAGGAUGUGGCCCCUGGACCCGUCCAGGAAAGAGGUGCUGAGGUUUGCAGUCAGCUGCCGCGUCCUGACUCUGAUGCUUCAGGCUCUCUUCAAUGCCAUCAUCCCUGAUCACCAUGCAGAAGCCUUCUCUCCUCCUCGCCUCACCCCCUCAGGCUCUGUGGACCAACUUGUGGAAGGUCUCCUGGGUGGCCUGUCUCACUGGGAUGCCGAACACUUCCUGUUCAUUGCCGAGCAUGGCUAUCUGUAUGAGCACAACUUUGCCUUCUUCCCUGGCUUCCCCCUGGCUCUCUUGGUGGGAGCUGAACUGCUGAGGCCCCUGCAGGCAUUACUGAACCUACGGAGUCGCCUGUUAAUCUCAGUAGCAUUGCUCAAUUCCUUGUUCUCCAUGCUGGCCGCUGUCGCACUUCACGACCUGGGCUAUCUGGUUUUGCGCUGUCCCCGCCAGGCCUUUUAUGGAGCCCUACUCUUCUGCCUCAGCCCCGCCAAUGUCUUUCUGGCAGCUGGUUACUCAGAAGCUUUGUUUGCCCUCCUGACAUUCAGCGCCAUGGGGCAGCUGGAAAGGGGCCGAAGCUGGACUAGUGGACUCCUCUUUGCCCUUGCCACUGGCGUACGCUCCAAUGGGCUGGUCAACAUUGGCUUCCUCGUGUAUUCUCAGUGCCAAGGCUUUCUGUCCUCUCUCAUGGUGCUGAAUCCUCUGAGACCACUCUUGAAGCUGAUGGGCUCUGUGUUCCUGUCUGUGUUCACGCUUGGCCUUCCCUUUGCCCUCUUUCAGUAUUAUGCCUAUACCCAGUUCUGUCUGUCAGGCUCAGCCCGCCCUAUCCCUGAGCCCUUGCUGAAAUUAGCUGUGGACAAGGGCUACCGGAUUGUGGAGGGAAAUGAGCCACCUUGGUGCUCCUGGGAACUUCCCCUAAUAUAUAGCUAUAUCCAGGAUAUCUACUGGAAUGUUGGCUUUCUGAGAUACUAUGAGCUCAAGCAGGUGCCCAAUUUCUUACUGGCUGCACCAGUGGCUCUGCUGGUUGCCUGGGCAACAUGGACAUAUGUGACCACCCACCCUUGGCUCUGCCUUACACUUGGGAUGCACAGGAGCAAGAACAGCAAGACCCUAGAGAAACCUGACCCUGGAUUCCUCGGCCCUCGGGUGUUUGUGUACCUGGCCCACGCUGCGGUGCUGUUGCUGUUUGGCAGUCUAUGCAUGCAUGUUCAGGUUCUCACCAGGUUUCUGGGUUCCUCCACUCCUAUUGUGUACUGGUUUCCAGCUUACUUGCUUCAGAAUCAAGAGCCACUGCUGAGAUCCCUAGAGACUGUGCCUUGGAAGCCCCUUACAGGGGACUCCCUACCAGGACAAAAGGUCCCCAGAAAUUCUAUCAUGGGACUUCUGUACAACUGGAAAACCUAUUCUCUAGUCACACGAUGCAUUCUGGGCUACUUCCUGUCUUACUGGCUCCUGGGACUGCUCCUACAUUGCAACUUCCUUCCUUGGACAUGACCUGGAGUCUCAGGGGUCUGGAAGUACAGAUAGACACUGGGACUGUCUGUGCUGCCCCGGGACCCUUGCUCUGUCCUUUAGGAACCUCCAGUCUCUGAAGGUUGGUCAGGAAUGGGAGAAGCUUGAGCCACUGGAAAGCCCCAUCUGGUCCUGGCUAUGGCAAAUUUUAGAGUAGUACCUAUUUUCUCUGUAAGUGAAGAAAUCUUCCUCUCCAAGUCUAAAGUACACUUGCAUUUGUCUCGUCAACCAAGCAUAGCAGAGAUAGUUGUAAACCUAAAUGUAAAGUAUUUAAAUGUCAAUGUAAAUGUGAGUACUUCAAAUGUCAGUUUCAUCAAAGGCUCUAGCUGACAGGCUGGUAAUAGUCCACACAUGAUGGUGGAGGCCUGAACAGUGUACUGGCAGUAAGAAGUAAAGUAGGACCAUCUUUUUUAAAUGGGACAUUGUUUCUGAUUAUUGUCAUGAUUUGUUCAUUUAUUUAUAUGAAAAAUCUUACAAAGAUACACAAAUUAAACAACUUUUGGUUAUGCAUGC